AUGACUGACAUUGAAUAUACNGCUGAACCUGAUCAUGUUCUUCAAACGACUGCGACAGUACAACCUCAAACUGUCUCCAGGGAGAGUCGCGUCGGCACCACGAACGCCAACUUUCUCGGCCACACCAUCUCUCCGGCAGGUGUUAGCCCUGAUGGCGUCAAGGUUAGGGCGCUCACGCACAUGCCGCCGCCGACGAAUGUUAAGCAGCUUCGGAGCCUUCUCGGUGGACUCCGUUACUACCGGGAAUUCCUCAAGAAUCUCGCCACCAAGGUGCGGCCUCUCAACUCUCUUCUCAAACAAGGCGUCCCGUUCAAGUACACCCCGGGCAUGGUCAAGGUUGUCAAAACGUUGUUAAGCGAACUCGCUCGCCCCCCGAUUUUGGUCUUCCCGGAUUGGGCAGCAAUCGAGGACAACAGCCGUCCUCUUCGUUUGUGUUCCGACGCGUGUAUCGACGGUUUUGGCGCCUCCUUGGAACAAGGACAGCCCGAUGGCUCGGUGAGACCCAUCGUGUACAUCAGCCGCGCUACUCUUCUUGCGGAGUGUAACUGGACCGUUUUGGAUCUGGAGGCUGGUGGCAUUGUUUGGGCCAUCAAACGCCUUCGCGGUUAUCGGUGGUCGACCAAGUUCAUCAUCCAUUCGGACCACAAAGCAUUGGAGAGCAUUGGCAAGGUUGGGAAACACAACGCUAGAGUGCAACGACGGCUCGAAUUCCUGUCCAACUUCACCUACACCCUGAAAUAUCGGAAAGGCUCGGCAAACNGGUGGUCGACCAAGUUCAUCAUCCAUUCGGACCACAAAGCAUUGGAGAGCAUUGGCAAGGUUGGGAAACACAACGCUAGAGUGCAACGACGGCUCGAAUUCCUGUCCAACUUCACCUACACCCUGAAAUAUCGGAAAGGCUCGGCAAACGGCAACGUGGAUUUUCUUUCGUGGUUGCCUUUUCCAGCACAAGACACUGACAAAACCGGCCCCGACUGCAUGAUGGUGUGGAUCAAGCGGGUGUUUUCCUCAUUUGGGCUUGCGGGCGCAACUGUCACUCGUCGUCUACACGAGAGGUCGGUUUGGGUGGGCUCCACCCUUCUUGCAGGGCGCCAGUCUUUUCGCCCCCAGCGUUGCAGCCCUCCGAUUUUGGGGAUUUCGCCGACAUCACCCGCGUCGGGUGGAUGCUCUGACGGACUCAAAGAUUGUCUGCGAGAAUUCUCAGCAGUCCCCGGGGGUCUUCAUCGUCUCGCCUAUUCUCGCAUCUUCAGGGCCUGCUUCCUCAUUGACUUCUGA